AAUGAAGAGUGUCAAUGAUGAAAAAAUCACAAUAUAUAAUGGAGAGGAUAUAAAAUACUUUGUUUUCCCUGAUAAAUUUGAUCAUACUUAAAGUGGAGUUCCAGGAAAUCCUUGUUACAAUUUUCGAUUUAGGAUAUUUGUGUUCUUCUCUUAUAUUGUUCUUACAUAACUUUUUCAACUUUUUUGCACUCCAACAGAAAAGAUAAUUGGAGUUUGGGAUAUUGGACACUAAAUUACAACACCAAUUAACAAUAUGUAUAAAGAACAUCGAUGGUAUAUUAGUGUUACUAUUUAGGUUUUCUAUUUUAAUUUAAUUACUCUCAGCCAUUAUCUUAGAUGUAGCUUAUCUAUAUAUAUCACUUUAUUGGGUUCUAUACCAAAGAAAUUUUAGAUUAUUCGCUGCCUUAAUUAUCUUCUAUGUUAUUAGAGCUAUUCAUUUAAAUCUAGUAAAAUUAGAAUUCCCAUAAAAUUACUAUUGGGAGGAUCCAAAUAUUCCAAGUUUGGUUGUAAAAUAUGGAUUUUUUUCUGACUUCUUUUAUUCUGUAAAUAUUGAAUCCAUAUAAUUUUAGGGACAUGUAGGAUAUUUAAUAAUUUGUGGACUUGAAAUGAAAAGGAUAGGUAAAAAGUAUAUGUCAGCAUUUUUCUUUAUGUGUUCUUUAUAUUAAGCUUUUGUUGUAAUUACAUUUGCAAUUCAUUACACAAUUGAUGUAAUUUAAAUAAAUUUAAAUUAGGUAACAACGGGAUGCAUUUUUGCUCAUUAUUUUUACAAUCAAGUGUGUUAUUGGGAAGUAAAGAUAGAUUUUCUUUUAAAAAUGCUUGCUAACCUCUUUUCAAGGACUUCAAAAUAAACUACUGCUAAAUAUGAAGUUUAAGGUGAUAAAUAAAUAGGAGUGACAACUGUAUGAAAUAAGAUUAUAUUUUUAUAUAUUUUGAUUAAAUAUAGUAUAAAUUAAUCAAAAUGUAAUAACAAUCCUCACCUAAAAGGAUUAUGGAAAAAGUAAUUUAAUUUUCAUUUCAUUUUUAGAGAGGUUCUAUAAUUAAGCAACCAAAUGAUUCACCUACAAUUAGUCCUUCUUAAUUGAUUAAAAUGAAUUCUAUUGAUGUACAAAAUCAAAAUCCCUUAGAAAUUAAGAUGGUAUUACUUAUAUAUAAUAGAAGUUUAAAGUAGAGAGAUAGAACCCAAGAACAGGUAAUUUAGUAGCAGAAGAUCAUGAGGAUGAUUUAACUUAUUAAGGUGAUAUUCCGAAAAAAUUAGAAUAAAAAUAAAAGGGAGAUUUCUAAAAAGAAUAUUAAAUGGCUAAAGUUGAUUAAUAAAGAGAUUCUUAUAGUCCAGACAAAUCUAUGACUAAUUCUUUAACUACAAGUGCUUAUCCUAGUAUCAUAAAGAACUUUUAGUUUUAAUAAAUACCAGACUUUCUUACUUCACCUAUUUAAUAAUAAGGAAUAGUUUAAUGUGCAUUGUAGAUUAAUAAAUCAGGAUUUAAUACUUUUAGACCAAAGUUUUAUUUUCUAAAAGAUAAUUAAUGUUAUUUGGCAGCUAAAAAGGUAGGAAAUAAAUAUUUGAUAAGUGCAGAUAAAGAAAAUAUAGAAAGAAAAUCUCCACAAUUUGUAGGAUAAGUUAGUUGUAAGAAAAAUAAUUAAUAUUACUUUUAUGAUACAGGAUUAAAUCCUAAAAGAAAGAAAGAACCUUAUAGAAAAUGUCUAGGUGAAUUGUGUAUUUAUGCAGUUCCAAAAGCCAAUGAACCUAGAUAAUAAUGUGUAUAAAAUUUAUUUUUAAUUUUAGUUUAAAUUUAAUAAUGAUAUGAAUAAUGAAUUUGUUAAUAGAAAACCUAAAUGGGAUCCCAAAUUAUAAACUUUUAUUCUUAAUUUUUAUGAAAGAGUUAAAAUUUCUUCAAUAAAGAAUUUUUAAAUUGUUUUAAAGGAUGAAAUACCUGAAAAAAUAUAUUUAUAAUUUGGUAAGUGGGAUAAACACUAUUUUAAUUUAGAUAUAGCAGCACCAUUUAGUCCUUUAAUUGCAUUUAUGAUUGCUUUAAGUAAUUAUGAUCAAAAAUUAUAAGUUUGA